CCUCUCCCUCUCCCUCUGGCCUCUCCCUCUCUCUUUAUAUAUAUCAUCCCGCCGCUCCUCUCCUCUCCUCCACUCCCAAAACCUUAUUGAUCUGCCAAAACUCCUAAUUAAGGAAGAGAAACCUCAACCAAACAAUUUAAGCACACAGAUACGGAGAAUGGGAAAUUGUAUAAGGCAUGAAUCUGUGACGCAAUGGGGCGGCGACGACUGGGGAUCUCAGGCGCCGGAGAGGAUCUACUCCGGCGAUAGGUCCGGCAUGCGUGACGCUGCGGGCGAGAGCAAGGUAGAAGACGAAGACGAGCUUCUUCUACGUGUAGGCGGAGGCCCUAGUACGACGUCGUUUAAGAGUAGCGGUGGCAGCGCCGCGGCUGGAACGCACACACAAGUAAAGGUGAAGAUCACGAAGAGAAAGCUGGAGGAAUUAUUGGGUAAGGUGGAGGUGCAGGGGUUGCCGGUGCAGCAGGUGCUGGCCCACUUGAUGAACGCCGGGGACCGGUACGAGGCGGAGCAGCGGGCCUGGAGGCCCAAUUUGCAGAGCAUUCCGGAGGUCAAUUAGAGACCGAUGGCCGUGGUUUGAUCAGGAGCUUUCUCCCUCCCUUCCCCUUCACGAGUCUUCUUUUUUAAUCAAAAAAGAAAAAAGAAAAAGAAAUGUUGGGUUUAUGGUAUAUAAAAAUUGUGGUGCAGGCGUAGGUAGGAGACAGAGGUAGAGUGGGAGUAGGGUUGGAAGGGCUGUGUCCAUAAGGUUUUGCCUAUUCUAAAAUCCCAUCAUCAACACUGUACAUUUAAUUUAGGUUGUCAUUUUGUUGACUUGUAUACAAAAUUUAAAAUUUCCCUUUGCUUCA